AUUGACAGCGGAGCAGAGCUGCGUGUGUGGUGUCAAGUCUCUCGCUCAAUGAUGAGGUUUCAAGUGCGCCUUUGAGAUGUUAUGGAGUCUGUAGAAUAUUCUGCAAUUUAUAGCUUUUUCGCUUCGCUUGUAUUAAAACAACAUUCAAACUUUUAGACUACAAGAUCGACCUGUACGUGCAAACGUACCUUAUUUAGUUUCUUGUUUGUAUAUACAAGCUUCUGUUAGUUUUUCCAUGCAGCGAAAAUGUUGAAAGUUUUGUGAGGACACUCCUUCUUCGGGACCCGACGGACCAAGACUACAGUUGACAAACUGAGGGACGUAUCAGCUCUGUCAUUUUCAUAAAGGGAGCAGCAAGGGUCUGGGAAUCAUCUGUGGGAGUGUUUCGUCAUGGGUAAACAGAACAGCAAGUUGCGACCCGAGGUCCUCAAUGACCUGCGGGAGAACACUGAGUUCACGGACCACGAGCUGCAGGAGUGGUACCGCGGCUUCCUGAAGGACUGCCCGUCUGGCCACCUAACGGUAGAAGAAUUCAAGAAGAUCUAUGCCAAUUUCUUUCCCUACGGUGACGCUUCAAAGUUUGCAGAGCACGUCUUCCGCACCUUUGACACCAACGGCGAUGCCACCAUUGACUUCCGGGAGUUCAUUAUUGCCCUGAGCGUGACCUCACGCGGAGGCCUGGAGCAGAAGCUCCGCUGGGCCUUCAGCAUGUAUGAUCUGGACGGCAACGGAUACAUCAGCCGAGCUGAAAUGCUGGAAAUCGUACAGGCGAUUUAUAAAAUGGUGUCAUCUGUGAUGAAGAUGCCUGAGGAUGAGUCGACGCCAGAGAAACGCACAGAUAAGAUAUUUCGACAGAUGGAUACGGACAACGAUGGUAGACUCUCUCUGGAGGAAUUCAUCAAAGGUGCCAAGAGUGACCCCUCUAUUGUCAGACUACUGCAGUCUGACCAAAGCACCUCUCGACAGUUAUAAACACAGAUCUUAAAAGCAGACAGGAAACUACUCACAUGCACACUGAAAAGGCAAGACUUUAAGUAGACAGGUAGUUUGCAUUAUUAAUGAUCCACUUGUAUUUUUCCUGCUUAAAAAAAAAAAGUUUCCUUGUUAUUGGGUGGUGACCAGUUUCAUCAGUAUUCCAGCCUGUUUUUGGAUUGGUAUUGUUGAGUUGUAAUAAUAUUUGGGCUCAGUCAGAAUUUUAAAGAACCCUUGAAAUCAAUUGGCAAAAUUCAGAAAUUUACAUUUAUUUAUAUUUUAAAGGGGUCAUAUGAUGGGAUUUCAAUUUUUUCAAAUUUUUCUCUUUGGAGUGUUACAAGCUCUUGGUGCAUUAAGAAGAUCUGUAAAGUUGCAAAGACUA